AUGUCAAGAUUGCUAGGUAGCAGCUCAACAUCAUCUAAAUCUUCAUAUAUAUCCGAUGUGACUGAUCAUGGUUCAGGUAGUAGUACGGGUCAUAAACCUUCACAAAUUGCAAAUAAAUGGCUUACAUUAAAAUUUGGCCGAAAAGAAGAAAUUCCUUUUCCACGCAAUUCAUUAUUAAUAAAAGAAAAUGAUAAAAAAGAAAUUCGUUGUCCUGCAAGUGAUCAAUUAGUAUGUAAUGCAAAAUUUCCUGAUUCAUUGAACAGAUUAAACAUAGUUGAAAUAUUUGCACAUUUAUAUGAAUUUCAUCCACCAAUAUAUACAAGCAUAACAGAGAAUUAUGAUACUUGGUAUGGUACAAAACAAGAAAUAAUAGCAUCACAUCAAGAAAUUGCAACAACACAAGAUUAUAUUCGUUUUUUUGAAGACGCUGCUAAAAAAGAAACAAAAUCAUUAUCAUCAUCAUCAACAACAAUCAAAAGAAGAAGCAUUGUAACACUUGAAUCAUCGGCUGAUCGAACAAAGAAGUCACUUGAACACCACGAAAUUUUUGACGAUUUGGCCAAUAAAACACAUGAUGCCAUUAAAACAUACAGCAAAGGAAAUAUUACACAUAAUCAACUAUUAAUGAAGAUCAAGAUACUUAACGAUGAUUAUUUAAAAAAAAUUGAAGAUAUAUAA